AAGAUUUUCAAGCCGACCCAAAAGGUGAUUUUUUACAUGAAGCCAUUAAUCAACUUUGUGCUAAGUAUACAACGGAAGUUGAAAGUGAAAAAAGAGAAGCAAUUAACGAAAAAAUUAAAGAACUAGAAGCCAUUCAAUUAAGUUUAGAUGGCUCCCGCCAGCCCGAAGAAAACGUUCCGCCUGCUCCCCGUGUAGAGGUUUGGGAUAAAGAGCAUAACGUUUUUUAUGAAUAUGAUUCUUUACAGACCACGGAAGGAGCAGUUUCGCCAAGCAGCCAAAAUUUAAUUAAUAGAAUAGCAGCAGACCAAAGAUUAGGACCAGUAACAAGUGAACGCCGUCCGGCUCCUUACCAAGGAAAUGGAAUUGAUUGUGGAGUUUAUACUUGGGCUAUUGCUAAUCAUUUAAAGGAUAAAAUUAAUGCUCAUGACGACCAUAUUUUUGAACUCAAUGAAGCAGAGAAAGAAUUAAUAAGAGGACAAAUUAAUAAUUAUCGCGAAUGA